ACCGGAAGUGGCUCUCGGAUGUAAUUUGACGGAGAACCCGCUCCUCUUCCGCCCUCUUUUCCCUCAGCCACCGGGCGAAAAUGACCAAGGGGACAUCAUCUUUCGGUAAGCGCCGGAACAAGACGCACACCUUGUGUCGUCGUUGCGGUUCCAAGGCCUAUCAUCUGCAGAAGUCCAGCUGUGGCAAGUGUGGCUACCCCCAGAAGCGCAAGAGAAAGUACAACUGGAGCGCCAAGGCAAAGAGGAGGAACACCACUGGAACUGGCCGUCUGAGGCACCUGAAGGUCGUCUAUCGCAGAUUCAGGAAUGGUUUCCGGGAAGGCACCACCCCCAAACCCAGACGUGCUGCAGUGGCCGCCUCCAGCUCAUCCUAAAAGACACAUUUUUGGUUAAAUAAAUGUGAUGUUCAACAACA